AUGGAGUCCCUCGCUGAUGCGCGGUGUCCGCGAGAGGUGGCGAUGCAGCCCCUGGAAGACGCGCGCGCCUCGGAGAGCGCCGCCGAAGUGCUCGCGAGCCUGAGGCGGCCGAGGGAGAAUCUGUCGCCGGAGGAGAUGGAGGCGUACGCGGCCGUGAAGCAGCGCCUCGGCGGCUUGGACCGGCGGAGGGUCGCCGAGAGAAUUCUGAGACAGAUUGACGCCUCGCAGCUCAGCGAGCUCCGGCGCGACUUCUACGUGCUAGAGAAUCGAGUCGCGAUCGACGAGUUCGUUCUUCUGAUGCUUCGCCGCAUGAAGUCGCUCUCGACGCGCGAAGCUGCGGAUCUGCGCGCGAGGAGCUCGGAGGCGAGCGAGUUCGCAGCCUCGCGGCCGCAGUUGCCAGCGAGGGCGGAGGCGACGACCUUUGCUGCUGCGCGAUCUGCGCGGCGCGGAGGCACCACAGAGGACAGUGACGUGCUGGGCUCGAGUGCACGCAAGGUGGAGCCCUCGAUGGGCCGCGGUGGCAGCGUCAUGAGGACGAACGCAGAAAUCGAGAAGGGCGUGGUUUUUGAAACAGUUGCAGGGGGCUGCAACCUCCUGGGCGCUGGGGUUCGCGCGUCCCUGCGCGCACGCGCCUCCCUUCGUCACGUAGUUUUUUUCGGCAAUCGACUUUCUCUCUGUGUGUCCGGGGCUGCAGCGCCGCAGAGGCCUCCGCACGCCGAAUCGCCGCGGGUGGACGCGGCUGUGAAACGGCCGAGCCGAGAGUUCUCCUCUGAAGCGAAGCGCCAAGAAAGGUCACUGCUCAGUGACCUAGAGGACGCCUUGCGCGACGACGAGCUGGAGGACAGACCUUUCGCGGAAGGCGCGCGAGACCGAAGCAAAGACGAGCUUCCUUGGCUUCUCAAGCCUGACUUGCCGCUGCUCAUCGACGCGUUCGCCGCGAUCGACACGGAGGGCGCGGGCGUGCUCACGUGGGAGGCGUUCGCGAACGCGCUGGUGGACCGUGGGGCGCUGCAGGACGGCAGCGCCGAGAAGGCUGAGGACGCUGACCAGUAUCAGUUCGUCGGCUCAACGACGCUCACAGACAGCCGCGAUCGCAUCGAAAAACUCGUUUACAUCGACGAAGUUGACCGGCUGUUCUGUCUCUACUGCAAAGCGAAGACAUUCUCCGUCGUCGAGCCCCUGCAGGGCUCGCUGGACGUAACUGUCGCAGUCCCUUCAGGUCCGCUCACUGACCUGUGCUAUAUCCCGUCCUUCGGACAUCUCGCCUCGGCAGGCGCCGAUCGGUCGAUUCGCCUCUGGACCACAGCCGCGGCGCCCUGCAGGGAGCGUGUCGUCUGCGAGGCGCAGCCCACGUGCCUGGGCUACCUCCCGAAAGCUGAGGCACUUCUGAGCGGAAGCGGCGACGGAGGUGUCAGCAUCUGGGACCUGCAGACGAUGAGUCUGAAGGGAAGCAGGAAAAGGCACAGCGGAUUCGUCAACGCCGUCCUCGCCCUGCCCCAAGCAGACUCGCUCUUCGCGUCCGCGUCGUCUGACGCGUCGAUUCUGCUGUGGAACGCCGAGCGGCUGCGCCCGGUGCGGGCGCUGGAGGGUCACCACAAAGGCGUUUUGUCGCUGGCCUUCUCCGCAGAUUACUCCUGUCUGCUAAGCGCAGGACUCGACAAGGAUGCAUUUGUCUGGAGUCCAUGCAACUUUUCGAAGCCGAUCUCGCGCCUCCAAGGUCACCCCUACGCACUCUGCGGAAUAGCCGUCAUCCCCAACUCGCCGCAGGUCUUGACCGCCGACGCGUCUGGCGCCCUGCGGCUGUGGGACGUGCGGAACUUUCGCUGUCUGCAAACCUUUGGAAGUCGCAUGUCCAGCUAUGGAGAAAUGAGUUCGUUUUGCGUCAUGCCUCGUCAUCGAAGGCUCGCGACGGGGAGCACGUACCUUGACUUCUACGAGAUGAAGCCAGUGCAGCGCCGCACAAGCCUGGCUGCGAAGACCGGCGGCUGCGCGGACGCGCUCUUCAGCGCAGAGACCGACUCCAUUCUGACCACGGGGAAAGAUAAAAUUCACGCGUGGAGCGCCGAAACUGGAGACUCUGGAACGGUGCUGUGCGCCUCUGAGCGCGAGAUCACAGCUGUGAGUCUAGACGUCGGCGCUCGGCGUCUGUACGUGGGCGACUCGUCAGGCUGCGUGCGCAGCUUCAACGCACUGACAGGCGCCUUCCUGCGGGCGUUCGCGAAGCACCCGUGCGACGUCUGCCACGUCUGCGUCUGGAGAACCUCCACAAACUUCCUCUCAGUCUCCUCAGACGGCCUGGUGCUGCUCCAGGAGCAAGUCGGCGCCGGCGAGCGGGCGAACGCGACCUCGCCAGACGCGCUCGGCUCUGCUGUCGCCGACCCGCGCGCCUCUGAGUCUUCGCUGUCCUCAGCCGGGAGUUCUCUUGUGCGCUAUCGGGCGCACUUGGGCUCUGAAGGUGUCCAUGCGAUCGCCGUGGCGGGCGCCCUCGAGGUCGUCGCCUGCGCGGCGGGCUGGAAGAUUCAAAUUCUCUGCCUAAAAACCUUGAGAAAAGAAACGUCGCUCAAGGGCCUGGCCGGAGCAGCGCGGGCGCUGGACUUCUUCGAGCCGCUCAACCUCCUCGCAGCGGGCGACGAGUCGGGGGCGAUUUCUCUGUGGCAGCCCCGGACGCGGCAGGCUCCGUAUCUGGACUGGUCCUGCGUCUACUGCUGGGAAAAUCUGCCGCAGUUCGAUCGCCUGCUGCUUCCUCCGUCCGCGUCCUCCACGCCGACCGCCCAGCCGCCCCGCGGGCGGAGUCAUGCACAUUCGCCGCCUGGCGCGCUCGACACCCUUGGCAAGGAGUUCGCAGAAAUUGCCUUGGCGCCAGGACUCUCCGCCGCAGACUGGCGCGCCGCCUGGAGCGCCCAUAGGCUGCGGCACGAAUCUGAGAGCUGCGCGGCGCGAGACGAAGAUCGCCACGCGUCGGUUGCGGAGGCAGCGAACACGAAACAGGCCUUUGACGCGGCCGCGGGGCGGGGGUUGAGCGGCAGCGUCGGCGCCUGGGCAUCCGCAGCGACGCGCCUGCAGACAAGGAGCAGUUCCUCGCUCUCCCAGAGCUCUCUUAACUCUUCAGUGAGGCCGUGCGACGCACGCGAGGCCAUUGCAUCUCCCUCCGCUGCGGAGAUGCGGAGUCGGUCGCGAGCGGCGCAGGACGCGGCAUACCGUGACAGCGUGCGAGGGGGAGCAGCUCAACACGUCACGGGCGCGGCUCUCGCGGCAGGUGCCUGCGUCGAAGCGCCUCAGCGCGCCGCCCGCCAGAGCAACGGCAGACUUGAGAGUCUGACGUUCACGUAUAGACGCAAGCUGAGGUUGGAUGAAUCCGAUGCCAUCAUCUCGCCGACGGCAGUGAACUGUCUAAAAUUCAACGCAGUCGAGCCGCACAAGUUGCAGGUCUUCACAGCUGACGAGAAGGGCUGUUUGCGCUGCUGGUCGCUGCUGCCUCUCCUCGGCACCUCGCGGCUUGCACUCCCCUGCGCCUCGGCGGUGUUCUCCCGCAGCUGGUCGCCGCCACUUCUGGCAUCUGCGCUCAGUCGUCGUUCCGCUCCCUCGCUGCCAGACGAAGCCGCGCGGCGCGGCGCCUUCCGCGCACGGCUGAGGCAGCGCGGGCUUAAGCAGGCGGCGGAUGUCGUCGGCCUGCAGAUUCAAAACUGGAAACACGCGCUGCUGCUGCGCGAAGCCGCGACUCCCGUCUCGAGUGCGCCUGCCUCCAGCGCGGCCUCCUCGGCGCGCACGAUCGACAGCGAGGUGCUGCGACCGCGAGAGAGAGGCGCAGAAGACGGAGAUGACGCCGAGCCCCCUGGGAGAGAGGCACGGCAAGAGGAAGACGAAUGCUGCAGCCGGCGAAACGACGGCGCGCGCGAGGCGUCGCCGGCCGAAGAGGCGAAGACGCCGAGAGGCCAAAGCGCUGCAGGCAGAGCAAAGGCGUGUGAGGACGCGCGCGAGGCCUCGGUGGCGAGGGAAAAGACGAACCCAACAUUUAUCACGCAGCUCGCCCAUGCAGGGAAGCUGCUCCGCUCUGAACGAGAAGGCGGCGACGCGGCCACCGCGAAGGACGGCUCCCGAAAGGAGGAAUGCGGCGAAAACGCCCGACACGCUGGCAGGAGAAAGCCUCGCGCACUUCCCUCAAGGGACGACGGGAAGCAGAAGGCCGCAUCUUCAGAGGUCGGCUUGCUGUGGGAGCGCCAGGCGCACGCCGACGCGAUCCUCUCCAUGAGCGUGUACGCCUCUGCGAGUCUGCGCGGGGGGCCGUGGCUCGCCUCUGCGCGAUCUGCGGAGGAAGGCGAGACGCGCGGCGACGGUGCGACGUUCUGUGGAGGCGCUCGCGUCUCUCCGCCGCCAGCCGCGGCGCCUGCCGCUGUGGGUUGCGGCGCGGUUCCGGAGCCGCAGUCGCCCUCGGCCGCAGCCGGAAGGGGGGCAUCCUCAGCGGAGGGCGACUUCGACGAGACAGCCUGGCUACUCACCGUUGGAUCCGAUCGGCUGGUGAAGACCUGGCGCGAUGACGGCGCCGCACUUGGAAAGCUCUCCAACGACUCUUCUCGCUUCUGGACAGACCUCGGGCACGGUCAGGCGCGCUGGAAGCUCCGCCUUGAGCAGGCGCGGGACCUCCUCCUCGUUCUGGCGCAGCGCGCGCAGCCUGAGCCCUCGUCGCCCGCUGCGUCGUCUCUCCUCUUGGCUCUCUCGGCAGCCCGGGGUUUCGAGGCGCAGGGAAGGACCCUCGGCAGCGGAGUCGCGCCGUCUCUCGGCUCUCUCCCUGAGUCGCCUCACUCUGCGCGCGGCGCCUCGCGGCUGUGUCCGCGUCCGCCUCCGAGUCUGUCUCCCUGGCCGUCGCGCCAUCCACGCACCGCCGCCAGAUCUCAAGCAGGUGGAGACACUCCGCCGCGCAGCGAGGCGAGCGCGAGGGUGGGCGGAAGCCGCGAGCGCGGCGGGUGCAGACGCCGAGAGCCAGAAGGCCCCGUGCGAGCCGACAAAGAGACUCAGGCAGAGAGGAGAAGAGGCGAGGGCGACCCUGACGCACAGCGACCGCGACCGCCACGCGCACGCUCUCUUUCUCCGACGCGAAGCGAAGAGGAAGGAUGCGGGCGGCUUCGCGGAGCGUCGCCGCGGUCAGAAGAGCCGUCACGCUGGGGGACGCGGUCGCGAGCCACACGCGGGGAGGGCCUCGCGACUCUCGCGGCUCUCCGAGCCAUGCAGCGGCACUUCAAGCGCUUCCUUCCGCCUCGAAAUCAUCCGCUCUCGGACGAGGAGAUGGACGCCGCCAAGAAGUUCGAGGAGUGUCUGUUGAACGCCUCGCAACGAGCCGAGCUAAGGAGCUCUCUCAUCUGA